AUGGAUCUCCAGAGGCAAAAGGGAGAACUAACAUUGAAAAAGGGCACAUGGAGUCCUGAAGAAGAUCAGAAGUUGAUAACCUAUAUUAAUAGAUACGGAAUUUGGAAUUGGAAUGAGAUGCCAAAAGCUGCUGCUUUGUUAAGGUCAGGGAAGAGUUGCAGGCUUCGUUGGAUGAAUUACCUAAAACCAGGUAUAAAGCGAGGAAACUUUAGCAAGGAAGAAGAUGAUACCAUACUCUGUCUUCAUGAAUUACUAGGAAAUAGAUGGGCAGCAAUUGCAGCUAAAAUGCCUGGGAGAACUGAUAAUGAAAUAAAAAAUCACUGGCACAGUAAUUUAAAGAAACGCUUGAACAACUAUUGUGGUGUUCAAGAAACUAAAUUGCAACGAAAGCAAAUAUCUGAAGUAGAACCCAAAAGGAAAAUUGAUUCUGAACAUGAUAUCUCAGCUUCCACCUCUCCAAAUGCAUCAACUUCAGAUUACUCUAAGGUCACCCCAAUUUUAUCAGAGUCAUCACCUUCUGGUUUCUCUUCAAGAUCCAAUCUUGAAAAUGAAUUUGAUGAAAACCACAACAUAGAGCAGAAUUUUGUUUCAUAUGAAUUGCAAAGAGACGUUCAAUGGUCGCAGGAGAAAUCAUUUUCAAUGGAAGACUUGCAUCUAUUGCAGGACAGUGGGGCGACGUAUGUAGAUCAAAUGUGGCUUGAAGAAUCGUUCUCUCAUCAAUAUGCUUCCCAAGGAGGUGUCUGCAGCAGUAAUUCUUGUGAAUAUUCUCCUCUGUGGCCUGAUAAUGACUUAUUCAUGGUAGAUAGUUUAUCAGGAGAAUUCCAAUCUUUUCCAAUGGAGGUAUUGUGUACCAUGGAGGAGAAUUGGGCGACAGCGUACAUUUCUCAUUUUGAGGCUGAUAGUGAUUUAUUCCAAUAUCCUUCUUUGUGGAAUUAA